AUGAGGGAGAUCCUCCACCCUUUGGCGGCGAGGGAGCAGGUGUGGCGGAGAGGAGGGUACGGGCGUGGAGGGGAGAGGGCCAAGGCUCAGGUGAUGGCCUCCAGUGUGGGGGAGGACAGAGCCAUGCUCAUGGGCUUCAGCAUGAUGGCCUUCUCUGUGCUCAUGUACUUUCUGAUCGGGAUCACUCUGGUUAAACCCCACCUAAACAGUGACUGGCAUGAGGAGGCCAGCUGCUUGCUGGUCCAGGUUGAUGUUCUGGAUGAGUGGGCCGACUGCAGAGGGGUCAGCACUGCCCCAUGCCUGAGGGUUCUGGUCAACCUCAGUACCUCUGGACAGAAGGCUCGCCUGCACUACGAUGAAGAGUCUGUACUCCUCAACCCUGAGUGUUUCUACAUACCCAAAUGUCAAGUAGACAGGAAAGUCCUUGUGGGCGAAGUGCAGAAAAUCCAAAACACUUUGGAGGAGACACAAGGCAGUGAGUUGCGUUGUCUUUCCGACCCCAGAAAAUACCCAGAGGACACCAUUUUGAAGAGGAAGUACACGUUAGGCCUUGCCCUGUGGUCUCUGCUGUGGCCCAGCUUGAUGCUGGGUGGGGGAGCUCUACUAGUGGGCCUGGUGAAGCUCAACCAGAGACUGGCACACCUCUGUACGGAGCUGGGUAAUGAGGUAGCAGGGGGUAGGCUGACAACGAUGACAAAUACCCAAGGCAAACUCUAUCAGCUCCUUAGGUGGUCUGGCUCUGGACAGCACUCACCUAUGCAGGAUGACUCAGUGAAGUGAUAGCUGACAGUGGCUGUGCUCCAAUAUGCAAUAAGUGUACUACAAUGUGUAUUGAAUAUAUCCAGUGAAAGGACAUGGAGAUAACAUACUGUGUAGGUGAUCCCCACUGUAAGGAAGGGAGUCUAUGGGUUGAUGUAGUAGGAAAUGGAAAUAAUUACGUUAACCACCUUGUCCUGGAUUCUUUUUAAAUUGAUAUGCACAAGGGCUGCAGGGAAUCCCACUGUAUGACUGAAUAGUAGUGGAGGCUGGCUCAUAAUAAAUGGCUGGAACUGAGCGAAUGGAAUACCAUUCUAGCCAUUACCACUAGCCCCUUCUCCCCAAUUAAGGUGGCACCAACCACCUGUGCUGAAUAAGCUGACUUGAAGGUACUUUUUCCUGGUACGGUUAGUCAAAGCAGGUACUAUAAUCAACUAGCCGCAUUUCUCUGUCAAUAUAUGGGGACGAGGUUAGAUAUUACUGAAACGAUGUAGGAUUAACUGAGUUUUUAUAUUGUCCUUUUUAAAUAUCAUGGCAAAUGGAUAAGAAAUUAAAUGCAUUGGUUCUCAAAAUAUGAGACAGGGAUACAGAGAAUUUUUAUUAAACAGUACAAUGAGUGAAUGAAUACAGGAUUCUUUCCAGACAUGGUAAAAUGAAUGAGUAUGAAAGAUUAAUUAGUGCAUACUACAGGUCAAACAAUAUUUACAAAGAUGAAUAGCUAGAUAAGAAUAUCAGCUUUAAAAACAUGCAGGAUAGCUUUUCACCAUUGUGCUUUUACACUGUACUCAUAGUCAGAGCAGCAGACCUUCAGUGAAACUCCACUAGAUACAUUUUCCUCCUUCAUUCAUUCGUCACUCGUUUCUCAUUUCAACGGCAACAAGCUGUCUACUGGGGUGUAAAAGGAUGUAUUAUGCAUAAGUCCAAUGUUUUUGGGAGGGUUAGCGAUUAUAUUUUGAGUUUGUCUACAUUUAGAAUACAAAAAUAUAUUACCUCUAGAGUUAUACAAGGAAAGUGAUUUGCACAAAGUAGCAGUUCUCUUCAUGGUGUGCCAUUGUACCUCACCAGUAACAAAAAAAGGUAAUUAACAUGAACUUCAAGUAAACACUAGUAAGAGAAAAGGAUGACAUUUCCCACAGCAAAAAUGAAAAGAAA